CCCACCCCUUCCCCACAGUGCCCCGCGCCCGCCCGCCGCCAUCUUUCCUCCCGCCCUGCCUCGCGCCAAGGCGGCGGCCGCCAUCUUAGGGCAGCCGCGCGGGCCGCCAUGAGCGCGGCGCUCGCCGUCGCCUGGCAACGGCUGCUCGGGGCGGCCCGCGGUGCCCGCCGUUUGCAUGGCGGCGUGUGGAGGCAGCGGGAGGUGGCCGCGAAGGAGCCCGCGCAGGAGGCGGAGGGGCAGAGCGUCGGAGACCUGAGCUCUCUGCUCCUGCAGAGGAGCUCCAUGAGGUGGGAUGGGAAGACCUACGAGGAGAUCCCGAUAGCGCACGUCAAGGCCACGUACAACAACACCCACAUCCAAGUGGUCGGCUUUGACAACAGGCCGUUUGCCCGUACGUCCUGCGGCACUGAAGGCUUCCAGAAUGCCAAGAAGGGAACUGCCAUCGCGGCACAGACAGCCGGCAUAGCAGCAGCAACAAAAGCACGUGGGAAGGGUGUAUUGCACGUACGAGUCAUGGUGAAAGGACUGGGACCAGGACGCAAAGCUGCCAUCAAGGGUUUGACCAUGGGAGGCCUGGAGAUCAUCUCCAUCACCGACAACACCCCGGUUCCACACAACGGCUGCCGCCCACGGAAAGCCCGGCGAAUGUGAGAGGGAGUGGAAGAGCCACGCUGCAUUCAAUGCUAGCUCACACAACAGGGACUGGGUUGAAUAUUGCCCGGAAAGGCCCCCUCCUGGGAAUUGUUUGCUGAGGGGAGCUCAAAGAAGACAGUCCCGGGCCGUGGAAGGUCAGGCGGUAUGAGCUGGUGGUAAAAGCAGGAGUGCAUCUACCCCCUCGUGGGAAGCCUCUUGUGUACAAAGUUUGUUGAUUAAAAUGUUGAUCUUCCGACAGUC